UACUCCUAAUUUAUAUUCUGCAUAACGUUGACUCUAUAGCCCAAAUUGGCGGCCUAAAGGGAACAAAAUUCCCCCAAAAUUCUUCAAUCGAAUUUGUGCGCGUUGAACACUGCGUAAUGAGAGAAAAAAUGGAGCUGCUGAGAUUGCUAGAUCAAGAUAAACAACAAGAAGAUGAUCAGAAGAAUCAGAUUCAGCUCAAAAACCUGUACGAAGCAGCAAUGAGCGGAUCGGUGCAGCUCCUAUCGCAAAUCCUAAAGGAAAACCCGCAAAUUCUCCAAUCGCCGGAGAUCUCUACCACUCCUGAAAAUCCUCUCCACGCGGCGGCGCUCCUAGGCCACCUAGAAUUCGCGAAGAAGCUUCUCAGCGCAAACCCGGAGCUCUCGAAAUCGCUGAGCUCAAGCGGCUCGUCGGCGCUUCAUCUGGCGGCGGCGAAGGGGGAUGCGGAGAUGGUGAAGGAGCUGGUAUCGACGGAUUCAUCGAUGUGCGGCGCCCGCGACGGGGAGGGGAGGAAUCCGGUGCAUCUGGCUGCGAUCAAGGGUCGGACGGCGGUGCUGGAGGAGCUGCUGAAGGCGGAUCCGGCGGCGAUUACCGGCGGAGGAGAUAGCUGCUUGCAUCUCUGUGUGAAGUAUAAUCGGGUGGAAGCGAUGAAGGUGAUACUGCAGUUUUUGGAGGGAGGAGAUGAUCGAUUGGUGAAUUGGAAGGAUCGGAAUGGGAACACUAUUCUUCAUCUCGCAGUUGAGAAGAAACAGCUUGAGAUUGUCGAGUAUUUGAUCGAUAACACGAGAAUAGAAAACGGAGCACGAAACGCAGCCGGGUUGACAGCCCUUGAUCUGCUUCUACAAAACCCAGGAGAUUUGAGGGAUUUGGAGAUCAAGCAAUGUCUAGAACAUCAACACAAUGCUUCUUCAAUAACCAAUCGCAAUGCAGCAUCACAAAGCUCGAAAAAAAGCAUCAAACCAUCGUCGUCUAAGCUCUCCACGAAUAUGCAGCCGAAGAAACACAAGCACACGGACUGGCUGGGGCGGAAGAGGAGUGCGGUGAUGAUAGUCGCUUCCCUCACGGCCACUGUGGCAUUCCAAGCCGGCCUCUCCCCGCCAGGCGGAGUCUGGCAGGGAGACUUCGCGGGCAACCCUAAUGGGACGGCCCGGGCGGACAGGGCCCACAAGGCGGGGCAGUCCGUGAUGGCCUACACGCUCCCGGACAAGUACGGGCAAUACAUGGUGUUCAACACGAUCGCAUUCCUCGCGUCCCUGAGCAUAAUCUUGCUGCAGGUGAGUGGGCUCCCGAUGAGGCGGAGGAGGUGGAUGUGGACCCAGAUGGUGACAAUGUGGAUAGCGAUAUCGGCCCAGACGCUCACGUACUUUGUCACGUUGAUCAACAUGACGCCCAAGCACGUGGAGAACACGGUGUACCACGUGGCGAGGGUGUCGGUGAUCCUAUGGCUGGUGCUGAUGGCGGUCGUGUUCAUCGGAAAUAUGACAAGGGCGGUGUUGUAUGUGAUGAGGAAGUAUGGGUAUGCUGAGGAGAAGGAGAGAGAGGUGAUUGUUUAUGAGGAGGAAGAGGAUGAGCUUUGAUAUAUUGAUGGCUGUGGUUUGAUUAGUAUGCUUUGAUCUUGUGUUGCUUCAUGUUUUUGUUGUAUAUUUGCAAGCUGAUUUUUAAAGGGAAUAUGCCAUCUUUCUUUCUGUAUAUUUGCAUUGAUUCAAGGAUUGUCAAAAAUUAAACUUGCGGCUUCUUAUCUUGGAA